UUUUUUUAAAGAAUAUUUAAACAGCGGAGUACUGAAUAUAGCAGUAUGAGUCAACAACUACAGCAUCUUUCAAUUGGAUUCAUAUUCAUGAUCUACCUCAACUUCGCCAAUGCUCAGUGCUCAAUCGUAAAUUCAACAACAAGUCCGUUAACCAGUAUUUGUGCUUCACUUCAUAUAUACAGGGACCAAACAUAUUCACAACGACUGCUCAAUCCCGAAUUAAAUCGCGAUUCAUGGGUGUUUGCUGCCAUUGUAACAAAUCAAGGUGUAUCUUUGGCAAUGUAUGAUUGUUGGUUAACUACAGACCCUAGCAGCGGUGAAAAAUAUCACAUACUCAAGAAAGGAUGCUCUCAAGAAAUUGCUUACUACACCGAAUUUGACUACGCACGAGGAGUUCACAAAUUAUACGGAAAAUUUCUCCUUCCGCCCCCAGAAAGUGUGAAUAGUUUCUAUCUGCAAUGUGAUAUCUCAACAAAAUGUCCUGGAAUAAUUGGAUGUCUUUUGAUUUGCAAUCAGCCCCGGGAUCAGUAUAUUGUAACUUCGGCGAAGAUAUUAGAUUCAGCUAGUGUUACUAACACAACAGCACAAGGAACGACGGAAACUAGAGUUGACCUCGUCAUUGUGCUUAUUGUGGUUGCUGCAUCAUUUUUCCUGAUAUUCUUGGUUCUGCUGAUCAUAUUGAUUUGUAGUCUGCAUCAUCGACGAAGACGCAGGAGAAGAGAAAGAUUGGAAACUCCAGUUCUUAUUAAUUCAAGUACAACCAAUGAUAACGUUUAUCAAAAUGGGCAUCAUAGUACAAACGGUAAUUUGAAUGGAUCCCACGAACCAGCUGAUGUUUAUGGUGCCGUAAACAGAAACUCAAAGGGAGCAAGUAACUCUACAAACGAAUCGAAUAUGUAGUAGGUUGAAAAUUGCCAAAAAACUCGAAUCGAACUUCAAUGACAAUCAAAAGUUCUAACUA